AUGCCCGCCGACGCCCGUUCCGAGUCGCGUGUUUCCAACUACACCAAGUUCUGGCAGAAGGACUCUGCCAAGGACGGCGAGGCCGACAAGGCGAACCGUCUCGACCAGUACACUGACCUGGUCAACGGCUACUAUGACGGUGCUACGGAGCUUUACGAGUACGGCUGGGGUAACUCGUUCCACUUCUGCCGCUUCUUCAAGGGCGAGGCCUUCCUCCAGGCCAUUGCUCGUCACGAGCACUACCUCGCCUCGAUGACUGGUCUCCGCCCUGGCAUGCGUGUUCUUGACGUCGGCUGUGGUGUUGGUGGCCCCGCCCGUGAGAUUGCCCGUUUCUCGGACGCCAACAUCGUUGGUAUCAACAACAACGAGUUCCAGGUCCUCCGCGCUCGCCAGAAGACUGCCCAGGCCGGUCUUUCUGACAAGGUGUCGUUCGUCAAGGGCAACUUCAUGGAGCUCGCCGAGCAGUUUGGCGAGAACAGCUUUGACGCUGUCUACGCUAUCGAGGCUACCUGCCACGCCCCUACCUUCGAGGGUGUUUACGGCGAGGUCUUCAAGGUCCUGAAGCCUGGAGGUGUCUUCGGUGUGUACGAGUGGUGCAUGACCGACGAGUGGGACCCUUCCAACCCUAAGCACAAGGAGAUCGCCCACGGUAUCGAGGUUGGUGACGGUAUCGCCGAGAUGCGCACUCUCCACGCUGCCCGCAAGGCCCUCAAGACCGUUGGCUUUGAGAUUCUUCACGAGGAGGACCUCGCUGCUCGCCCCGACGCUGUCCCCUGGUACUACCCUCUUGAGGGUGACGUCUUCAAGGCCCAGACCGUGUGGGACAUGUUCACUGUCCUUCGCAUGUCGACCAUCGGCAAGAUCUUCACCCAGAACUCGGUCUGGGGCCUCGAGAAGAUCGGCCUUGUCCCCAAGGGCACUUAUGAUGUCGGAGAGUCGCUCAAGGUCGCCGGUGACGCCCUUGUCGCUGGUGGCCAGAGCAAGCUCUUCACCCCCAUGGCCCUCUGGGUCGUCCGCAAGCCCGCUAACUAG